AUGACAGCUUCGCGACAAUUGGAUACGAAAUCCAGAUUGCAGUUGACAAGCUUACUUGAUGCAGCAACUCCCCUGAAGCUCGCGCCACCGAACCCAGACCUGCCUAAUGCUGCGCGGACCUUUGUUAGCGUUGUGAGCGCGCGCCAACGUGCACUUUUGAUCGAUCCUCCACGGCAUGCCUUGCCAGUAAGGAGAUGGGACCUGGCAAGUUCCUAG